GGAUGCCUUUCUUGGCCACCCUUAUGCCUUCCGGCUGUUUUCGGCAGUGGUGACCAAUCUGCUGAUCUUCAAGAUGAAUGCAGCGUACCAGCGGUAUUGGGAGGCUGCCGGAGCCAUGCAAUCCAUGGCCACCAAAUGGCUGGACGGUGCGUGCAUGGCGGUCACCUUCGAUGCGGCAGGUGAUUCCGACAAUCCCUACCUGAACGGCAGUGAGUGGCAGAGGAGCUCAGCACCUGAUCCCAGCAGUAGCAAGGGCGGCCCCGAUCACACCGAGUAUGUGGCGGAUGUCCUGCACCUCUGCAGUCUGCUCCAUGCAGUGACGCUUCUUCACCUGCGGAGAGAUUCGAAUCUGGACAACCUGGUGCCCUCCAAGCUGGGGUCCAUGUUCUCUCCGGAACACAUUUCGGACCUCUACAAGAUUCAGAAGAUCCCUGUCUUGGGCGGCUUGCGGCCGGAGGAAAAGGCGGUGCUCCUGAGCGACGGCAAAGGUCAGUCACUUCCGACCUUUGCGCGAGCUGCCAUGGUGGAGGGGUGGUUCAUGCGGCGGCUGAUCGGCCGGCAGAAGUUCGAGCAAGGUGAGACUUCCAAGACUUCGCCCCCGAUCCUGAGCCGACUGUACCAGGUGAUCUCAGAUGGAACACUGUGGUCGUCCACGGCUGCAAAGAGCUCGGAGAUUCCCUUCCCCUUCCCCUACCAGAACUUCGUGGAGGUGAUGGUCUGGCUCUUUACCUUCCUGGCGCCCAUCGUCAUCAAUGGGAUCAUCUUCGAGCAGCUGCUCAGGACCGUCGCCAGCUUUACUGUGGUCUUGUGCUUCCACACGCUGAAGAACACCAGCGACGUCAUGGAGGAUCCGUACCUUCCUUAUGAUCCAAAC